GUUGUGGCCACAACCUGCUUAACCCAAGAUGAAGUACUUGGCGUUUGUGCUCCUGGCGGCUGCCGUUUGCGCUUCCGAAGUCGAGAAGCGAGAGGCGGAGCCCAGCGUGAUUCCUCACUCCGGCUACAGAACUCCACUCUAUCCUCGAUACUCCUAUGGACCAUCCUUCCCGACUCACUACCAUAAGAGAUCCGCAGACGCUGAGCCUUCCACUCUUUAUGGCGUCAGGGCCGUCAUCCGCACUCCUGUGUAUGGCGUGUAUGGACACAGCGUUCACACACUCCACAAAAGGGCUGCUGACGCUGAAGCUUCUCGACUUUACUCUCACGGAAGCUAUUCUCCCUUCCCCGUAGCCUACGGAGGAUACCUGGUCACCGGUUUCCACAAGAGGUCUGCUGAGCCAGAAUGUUACGGCCCGGACACAUCCACAAGAGGUCUGCUGAGCCAGAAGCCGGAGGCUGUGAGGCUUCUCGGGGCAGUCUCCCUUAUAUGGCCUCCAUACGUCCAUGCGUACAGCUUAUCGGCCGACACAUACUACAGAGGUCUGCUGAGCCUGAGGAGAGCCAUCCCACCUCGUACCUUCUCCUAG